AUGGGUAAGUGUUUUCUUUUUCUUGUUUCGUUUUCUUUAUUCUUCCCUUUCUCUUCAUCUUUUUCAUGUUUCUUUUUUUUCUUCUCUUUCUCGUUAUCACUUUCUUGUUUCUCUUUUCUUCUUCCCUUUCUAAGCGUCUUUAUAUUUUUCUUAUUUUUAAAUCCUCAGCCCUUUCUAAUAAUCUUUUUUGUUUCUUUAUUCUUCCAUUUCUCUUCAUCUUUUUCUCGUUUCUUUUUUCUUCUUCCCUUUCUUUUCAUCUGUUUUUGUUUCUUUUUCUUCUUCUCUUUCUCUUCAUCGUUUUCUUGUUUCUUUUUUCUUCUUUUUCCCGUCAUCAUUUUUGUUUCUUUUUUCUUAAAUUCUUCUAUUCAACGUUUUCUUGUUUCGUUUUUCUUCUUCAUCUUUUUUUGUUUCUUUUUUCUUCUUCCCUUUCUCAAAAAAUUUUUUUUUCUUUUCCCUUUCUUUUUCUUUUUUUCCCUUUCUCUCCAUCUUUUUUGCUUCUUUCUUCCUUCUCUUUCUCUUCAUCGUUUUCUUGUUUCUUUUUUCUUCCUUUUCCCUUCAUCAUUUUUGUUUUUUUUUCUUAAAAUCUUCUAUUCAACGUUUUCUUGUUUCUUUUUUCUUCUUCUUCCCUUUCUCUUCAUCUGUUUUUGUUUCUUUUUUCUUCUUCUUCCCUUUCUCUUCAUCUGUUUUUGUUUCUUUUUUCUUCUUCUUCUUCACUUUCUCUUCAUAUUUUUGUCAUUUCAUUUUUCUUCUGCCCUUUUUCUGCAUCUUUUAAUUAUCACUUUUUCAUUAUUCUGUCAUUUCUCAUCAUCUUUUUCUUGUCUCUUUUUCAUUUCAUUCUCUUUCCAUCAUUCUUUCUUGUUUCUUGUCUUCUUCUCCUUCACAUCAUUUUUCCUUCCUUCUUUUCUUCUUCUUCUCUUUCCCAUCAUUUUUCCUUCUUUCCGUUCUCAUUGUUUCUUUCAGGAUUCUUUUUCUUCUUCCCUUUCUCUUUUUCAUUCUAUUAUUCCUUGUCUUUUUAUCUUUUUUUGGUCUUCAUCCUUCUUUCCUUUCUUUUUUUAUGUUUUUCUUUUUUUUCUUCUUUUCUUUCGCUUUAUUUUAUCAUUUGUUAUCUAUCUAUCUAUCUAUCUAUCUAUCUAUCUAUCUAUCUAUCUAUCUAUCUUUCUUUUGUUUCUUCUCUUCUUGGAUUUAGUAAUUCUUUCGCUUCUAAUUUCCCAGAGCCAACGAGAAUUGACACGUUAUUUCCUUGCUUAA